AGAGGAUAAUUGUAAUAUGAGUUUUCUAUGACAACUUGGUAAUAACGCAUAACAAUCGACGAUAAAAAAAAUAAGGACUUAUUUUUUUGGUCGUUGCACGAAAGUGAACCUACCGCCUACGCCAUUUUUUAUCUUUGUUGUCAUGUUGUGUCUAAUUGACGCAGAAUUAAAGAAAAUAAUGUAUUGAUCAUGUACCAACAUAAAAUAUUAAUUUCAAAAUAUGUUACAAAAGAGCGCUUCCAUCAGCAUCCGAAACAACGCGAGCCGACUAUGUGACCAAUGGGAUUGAGGAAGAACAUUUAUCGUCUCUAUGUGUACAUAUGUGUGCGUAAUAAUAUUUUUGACGAGCAAGCUGCGUUUGAACGAGGCAUCAUCAAUGAACGAAGUACGAACCGUACAGGCGAGGCGAGUGAGUUAUCAAGUUACUAGCUGGCUGGUUGGGGCUGCUUACUAGCCCGAUACAGCUUUUGUAAACGAAAAUCGUAUAAUCAAUACUAAUUUUGUUUCAAUAUACUGUUAAAUACGAUUUGUGAUCAAGGCAAUCUGUGUUGAUGCUAUUAAUCAUAUAAAACUGUUGGCUGUCUCAAUAAUAUUGCGGAAUAAAUAGUAAUGGCAGUGUUUUAGUGUAUUUUACUAUCUCAGUAUUUUAGGAGCCAUUUACACAUGGCGAGAAGUCACGUACACUUUUACUACGAGUGAAAUGUUUUUGUUUGUUACUUAAAUACUGUGAAAUAAAAUAUUACGUUAAAAGUGUACAAUCUUACGUAGCGAACAUGGAUAGCAAGAAUAUCCAGAAAAAUGCCAUGCAUAAAAGUGCAGAAUUUACUUUCACUGCACCACCCGAGGCACCUGUAUUCGAACCUACGCCCGAAGAAUUUCUGGAUCCUCUUGGCUAUAUAGCAAAAAUUCGUCCAGUUGCAGAGAAAACAGGCAUAUGUAAAAUUAAGCCCCCAUCGCGCUGGCAGCCACCUUUUUCAUUAGACGUGGACAAAUUAAAAUUCGUUCCUAGGAUUCAGAAAGUGAACGAGUUGGAAGCCAUAACGCGUUUGAAACUUUUGUUUCUUGAAAAAAUAUUAAAAUUUUGGGAUCUUCAAGGAUCGCCGUUGAAAAUACCCAUGAUCGAAAACAAAACAUUAGAUUUGUACUGUCUUAAAUUCUGGGUCGACGAGGAAGGCGGCUUUGAAAAUUGUAAUAGCCCUAAAAAAUGGCGUAAGAUAGCCAAUUCAAUGGGAUAUAGUCAAAACACAAGUACUAUGAAUUUUUUAAGAAGUAACUAUGAAAAGAUUUUGUUACCUUAUGAAAUUUUUGAGAAAAGUAAAGCAGAUAUACUAAAAACAGUUAAGAAGACUGAAACUAAAACUGAAAAAAAGAGUGAUGAAACAGGAAAAAUUACAGAAGUACCCAUUGAAAGGAUCACAAAAAUUAAAGAAGAAUAUGAUUGUAAGGAUGAGAAACCUCACACAAGUAUUAAGAAAACAAAGACAGGAUCUGAUAUCAAACUUGAUGUUGAUAGUUCAAAAGUGAAAACUGAAUGUGAAGUCUUAAAACGUAAUAGAGAAUUGCAAAGGCUAGCCUGCUAUGGACCUGGACCGAAAAUGCCUGGACUAAAUGAUGAAGAAUUUGAUAUUACAAAGUCAAGAAAAAGACCCCGCUAUGACCUAGAUCCGUUAGCCAUUUACCAGUGUGCUAUUUGUCAAAAAGAUCACAGAGAUGAUUUACUGUUAAUUUGCAAUGGUUGUUCUGAUACAUACCAUACAUUUUGUCUAAAGCCACCACUCAGUGUGGUUCCAGAUGGAGACUGGCGUUGCCCAUGUUGUAUUGCUGAAGAAGUCCACAAGCCUGCAGAGGCCUUUGGGUUUGCUCAAGCUGAGAGAGAAUACACACUCCAACAGUUUGGAGAAAUGGCUGACAAAUUCAAAUCAGAUUAUUUUGGUAUGUCAGGACAUUUAGUUCCAACAACUGUAGCUGAAAAGGAAUUUUGGAGGAUAAUUUCCUCUGUUGAAGAAGAUGUUACUGUAGAGUAUGGUGCAGAUUUGCACUCCAUGGAUCAUGGAUCAGGGUUUCCUACAAAAUCUUCAUUAAACCUCUAUCCAGGGGAUCAAGAGUAUGUUGAUUCCGGAUGGAACUUAAAUAAUCUUCCAGUUCUUGAUGGUUCUGUGUUAAGAUUUAUAAAUGCUGACAUAUCUGGUAUGACUGUGCCUUGGAUGUAUGUUGGUAUGUGUUUUUCAGCAUUUUGUUGGCAUAAUGAAGAUCAUUGGAGCUACUCUAUUAAUUAUCUACAUUGGGGUGAGGCAAAAACAUGGUAUGGAGUACCGGGUAGUGGGGCUGAAUUGUUGGAGACAGCCAUGAAAGCAGCAGCACCAGAUCUCUUCAAAUCACAACCAGAUUUACUACAUCAACUUGUGACAAUUAUGAACCCUAAUAUAUUGAUGGCAGCAGGUGUUCCAAUCUAUAGAACAGACCAACAUGCUGGAGAGUUUGUGGUGACUUUUCCAAGAGCAUACCAUGCUGGUUUUAAUCAAGGAUACAACUUUGCGGAAGCUGUCAAUUUUGCUCCUCCAGAUUGGCUGAAGAUAGGCCGUGAAUGUAUUAUACACUAUAAAAAUCUAAAAAGGUUUUGUGUUUUCUCUCAUGAUGAAUUGAUUUGUAAAAUGGCUCUAGAAGGAGAUCGUUUAGAUUUGGAGACUGCUUUAGAAACACAAAAGGAGUUAGUGAAAGCAACUGAAGAGGAAGGAACUUUAAGGGCCUUGAUAGCCAAAAAAGGUCUUAAAAGUGUGCGCAGGACUGCAUUUGAGUUACUUGGUGACGAUGAACGACUAUGUGAAGUGUGUAAAACUACAUGUUUCUUAUCCUCAGUGUCAUGUAUUGAUUGUAAACACAUGGUUUGUUUGCAGCAUGCAGACAACCUUUGUCAAUGUCCUCUAGGAAAAAAGACGUUAAACUAUCGAUAUGAUAUGGAUGAGCUGCAUAUAAUGCUGCAAACAAUUGAUUUUAGAGUCAAUAGUUUUGACAAGUGGAUGACUGAAACAAAGAACAUCCUGUUGCCCACAGCACCAGAUAUAGGGCGGCUUCAAAAGCUAAAGGCUUUGAUAGAUGAGGCAGAGGAACUUAAAAUACCAAAGUGUGCAUUGUUAGCACAGUUAAAGGAAGAUUACACAAAAGCUUCAGAAAAUGUUGAACCAAUUGUCAUAGAGUUGGAUGAUGAUUAAUUAAUAUAGACUGGUUUAGUACAAAAUACUAUCAUCUUAUAGAAUAAGCACUACAUGUUCUUACAAUUACUAAAACUAUAUUGUAUUGAUUAGCUAUAUGAUACCUAUUUUCAUUAUGACAUAACACAUAGAUUUUCAUCACAAAUGGCAGCUUUAAGCGCUCACACCCGGGUAAUAGUGAGAAAGCAUUGUGUGGGCACAGUUGAAAUUGUUUAAUUUACAGAUUUAGGUUUAUUUUGCUUCUUAUUGAAUAUAAAACUGAAUUAUAUUAUUUUGAUGUUAAAUAAUUGUAUUGAAAAUAAGUACUAAAUGGACAUUCUUGUAUGUAAAACUAUUUCAAUAAUAUUGUGUAUAUUUGGGUCCUAUUGAGUAUUUUUUGACUGUAAAUAAUUAUAGUUAUGCUUUUCCAUUUCUUGCUAUGUUUGAUUGAAGUAGGUAUGACUUAUUAUUGUAGUGAGUUCCCACCGUAUUAUAAUAAAUAAGAUUCUAAAAUAAUUUUAGUUUUCAAUUAGUUAUAAUUAUGUAAAAUUAUAAAUUGUCGAACUCAGACAAACAAUAGGGAUUCUUUUUAACUAAUGUCAAAUAAUGUCCCUGUGUUAUUGAUGCAAACAUUAUUGCAUGCGUUGUCAGCUUCAAUAAGAACUUAAAAGAAUUUGUACCUAAUUUGACUGUGAAAUAAAUAGGUAUUAAAAUAUUUAAGACAAGGGUUGAAGUAAAUUUACAAUUGCAAAUGAUAUCAUGAGUAUUAUAUAAGUAAUAAAACACAAUAUAAAAUAUGGUGGAAAAUUUGAUGAAACUAAAAAUAGGUCAUACUUUUAUUUGGUAAAAUUUGCACAAGUCCUCAUAACUUAGGUAUAUUGAUCUCAGUAACAAUCAGCAUUAUAAAUAUGUAUUCACCAAUAGCUUUAUUAAUUAGCCUUUUAUACUUGAAAAAAGGUUGAAAUUGAUAUGUAUUUAUGAUGUUGAAAGUAAUUACACACAUUAUACAAUGCUUAUAUUAUAUACAAUUGUAGGUAUGUAUUUAUUAUUAGAAGAGAGAAUGUGUAUGUCAGUUAAAUCAAUAGGUGACAGUAUACUAAGAUGUUGAAUAACUAUGUAAGCACUAUGUGCAGCAGUUGGGUUCUCUAAAUGUUUAAUGCUUUAUGAAAAAUGAAGGGUCUUCCCUGUAAUUUUACAUAUGUAUAGAAAAUGGGUUUUUGAGAACCACAAGGCGUGGGUAAAAUAUUAUAGAAUAUCUUUGAAAUUUGUUUGCUCUGAUAGUUACCUGAAUACAUAAAUAUUAAUAGGUAUGUUAAAUAUUGAGUUCUCAAACAUUUUUUUUCUAUACAUACCGUGAACUACCUACUUAAACAGAAUUAUAUAAGGGCUGAGCAAAUAUCGCCUUAUUCUAACCAUCCUUAUCAUACAGUAGUAUAGCUAGCUAUUGAUUAAAACUAACUAGAGUAGUAGAUAGAAUUUAAGAGUGAAUGAAUGUGUAAGUGGAUAUAAUUGUUUUGAAGUAAAUUAAGUACUUGUAUAUCAGGCUAUGAAAUGUGUAUUACUCCUUUUUUCUAUAAAGAAAGUCUUAGCCAAAAUUGAUAUUUAUUCUAGUAAAUAAUUAAGAUUCUCCAUCAAUUAAGUUGAACGAGGCGCACUUUAAAUUGGUUUGAUAAGCCAUUGCGUUUCUAGAUGUUAAUUUUAGUGAGUAAACAGAGUUGUUGACGAGCAAAGUAUAUUUAACAAAUAAUAUAAGUCAAAUACACUACUGGGGAUUAUUAGUACACUUGAGUACAAGAAAUAUGUAUACAUGUAGUAAUCCGUACUUUUAGAUUCAUGUGUGUACAGAGUACAUGAGGUGUCUAGAAUUACCCUCCUUGUAUACAUUUAUCUGUUCGUAAAUGUACUUAAAAUCUCCAUUAACUUCGCCUAUAGAUUUACGUUUUAGAUGUAUGGCAUUUUUUGACUGACAGCUUGUAUUCAUAUGUUUAGUUAGACUUGAUAGCGUUAUUCUUAAUUACAGUGAAUGAUUACUAGUAAAUUAUUAUUGAGUUGUGUGAUUUAAACUGUGAUUUCAAAAAUUUUAUUUGCAUCUGACAGAUAUGAGAAAUAAUGAGUGUGAGUAUUAAUUUCAAUAGUGUUAAAAUUAAUUAAAUUCUUAUAUUAUAA